GAUCAGUAAACUUUCGGAUCAUCCAGUAGUGCAUUCUAAGUUAGCGAGUCUAGGGGGUUGAAAUAAGUAAUCUACGCAACGCGCCAGCAACGCUCCGUAAUCGCUUAUUGCAGUUCGUGUACUUUUGCACACACAACACACACCUUUACCUAAUUGAGAAGCAAAGUGGUUCCAAGUUCAAAGAAAUUUUUCAAUGGAAAUUAUGAAAAUUCUUUACAAUGUAUGUAGAAAAAUGAUUGAUUGAUAAUUCCCAUCCCGUGCGUAGGAUUCAACGGCGUUCUUAUCAAGUUCACACGAGUGUGCCGAGCUCACGCAUCUUGUGUAUUCUCCAACAAUUGUAAUAAUCCCAUGAGAAGGCAAGUGUGUUGAACGGAGUAGUAUACACAUACUGAUGUAGUAUUUUCCACUGCAAACAGCAUCAUAGAGUAAUGUGCAUUGGAAAUGUAUUGAGAACAUCUGAUGAUUGGGAUAGCAAACGAAUAAUUCCAAGCGGUUUCAGAGCAGCGAUCAUUAAGAAUGAACCAACAACAUUUUCUAUCCAGUGAAAAACUAAAACUCACACUCAGAAGCUAGAGCUAGAGUGCGUAGAGCAGGUAGAUGUGCGAAUCAUCGUGCUAUUGCCAGGUGUUAUAAAAAGGAGCCGUCUGUUUGAGCGUUCGACAGUGAUCCUGAUGCCACCGAUUCGAUCAGUGGCUAAUUGUACUUGGCGCAACAGCUCAAACAAGUGUGAUUGUUUAAAAGAACAUUGUGCAUACUAGAAACAUGAUGCGUGGAAUACUAUCGAUUACGCCGUUGAUAGCUGUUCAUGUGUUUCACGUUUUGUGUCAAUUAGAAUUGACCGGCGAGAAUAAUGCCAUGAACUGGAGGCUGUUACCGACCGCAAACUGCGGUUGGAACAUCAACAACAGGAUUUCGAAUGGUAAUAAGACUUCCCCCUUCGAAUAUCCGUGGAUGGUGUUGCUGCGUUACCUGCGGAAUGGUGAGAUGGUGGAUCGUUGCGGAGGUUCGUUGAUCAACAACCGCUACGUGCUGACGGCAGCACAAUGCGUGCGAACAUCGAGUAAUGUGAAGCUGAGAAUACGAUAAAACCAAAGAAGUUGAUUGCAUAAUGCAUGCAGACGGUGAAGCGGUAUGUGCAGAUCCUCUCAUCGAGAUGGACAUAGAAUCAACAAUCGUACACAGCGAGUUUAAUAGACCGAUUCCUUACCGCCAUGACAUAGCUUUGA